AUGGUCGACCAAGGUUCUGGGGCCCUGUAUGGCUUCGACGAGUCCAACGUGGGUGCCCUGCCGGCCUUUGACGACUCGGCUUUUGACGACGUCAAGACCGAUCCUUCUGCCUCUGGACCCGACACUACCACUGCCACCACUUCGGCUGAUGCUCCCAACCCCGACCAUCAGCUAUUGUAUGACCCAUCGCAUUGGGCCUGUCAAGAACCUCCAACAAGCGAUACCUUCAAUUUCCCCUGUCCUGUCCCAACCGGUGCCUCUCCAGCUCCCGUCUACCCACCAGCACCUUGGGAGUUUCCGCCGCCUCAACAAAACCAUCAGCAGCACCCGCAUCCGCAUCCGCAUCCGCAGCCGCAGCCACAGGACAACCACCCGCAACUUGGCUCUCCUUCCUCUGCCGCCAGCUUUGAGCAGCCUACCACGUCACCGACCGAUUUCUUCCCUACCACAGCUGCCCUGACCACCAACUCGUUGCCUUCCCGACAGGUACCCACUCCUCAGCCCGCGACAGAAUCAACUGCUCCCGGGCCGCUCCACCUCACUGCUGCCCAGCAGGAAAAGCUUCGUAACAUUGCCAUGCCGGCCCACCUCCAGUAUCAGUCUCCUCGGAGCGAACCGAGUCCCGGAUCCGAGACUAGCGAAGCGAAGGGCACAGCGGCAACCGCCCGUUCCUCUCCUGACGCGCCGGAAUCCAGCAAGACGAACCGAAAACGCAAGUCUUCCGCCGAUGGAUCAGACGAGGACGAGGAACACUCCAAUCAACCCGUCAAGAAGACGGCUCACAACAUGAUCGAGAAGAGAUACCGGACAAAUCUCAACGACAAGAUUGCCGCUCUGAGAGACAGCGUGCCCAGCUUGCGGAUCAUGUCCAAGAGCGCGCGCGGCGAAGAUACGACGGAGGAUCGCGAAGAGCUCCACGGGCUGACACCGGCUCAUAAGCUCAACAAGGCCACGGUUUUGAGCAAGGCCACGGAGUACAUUCGACACCUGGAGAAACGGAACAAUAGGUUGAUGGAUGAGAACAACGCGAUGCAAGCUCGGAUUGCCGCUUUCGAAAAGCUCUUCAUGGCGGGUGCCAUGACCGGCGCGAUGACAGGUGGCAUGGCCGGGAACAUGGGCAACGGCAUGCAGCAGGCACCGACACCGAUGCAGUAUCCUCAAGACCACUAUAUGACCACGCCUCCCAUGGGAACUUCGCAGCCGCCAGAAGCCGCCCAGGGACUGAUUCAGGUCCCCGACGACAUGAAGCGAAUUCUCUCCGCCCAGAUGGCUGUCGGCCAGCCCUAUCCCGUGCCACACCAGUCCUUCCGCGCCGGUGAUCCAGCCAUGCUACGGCAGCAGCAGAUCCAGCAACAACAGCAACAGCAACAACAACAACAACAGCAACAGCCUCAGCAGAAUGGGCGUUGGAACAACGUUGGCCCUUAUUUCGGAAAGCUCAUGGUUGGCUCUCUCGCCAGCCUUCUUAUCCUCGAAGCCGUGCGAACUGAGGAGCAAAGCAACGAGACCCCAGAGGGCCGUGGGCUAUUUGCGCUCCCUGCUCAUCUCCUCCGUCAUCUCGGUUCCAACUCGCACUUCCACGUGCCCGGGCAUGCCGUUUCCGCGACUCGCCUCCUCUCACAUCUCAAGCUCCUUCUAUUCUUCGGCAUCGUGCUAUACGUUUUCAUGCCGUCCGUCUUUUUCCCGUCCGACAAGAGGGGCAAGAAGGGACUGCAACAAGCCAAUAGCCCUCUUCAGGUCGUGCCAUCUCUGGCGUCACCCAUUCACAUCCGACGGCAGGCAUGGUUGACAGCAAUCCAGACAGUUUGGGUCCCGGAGCACAACUUCUUUUUGGAGGCGGCGGCUUUGGUACUCAAUACCAUAAAACUGAGUCUGCGGAACGCGAUGGGCCUCGGUCGAUAUCAGCUGCUUACCGGGCUCACAGGAGAGCAGGAAGUUGCCCGCGUGAAGGCGUGGUCGAUCGCCUUGGAUGCUCAGCUCGCGGGCGGAGAUGUGGAGAUCAACAAGCUUCGACUGGCGUUGACGCUCCUCGCAUCGGGAACCUUGCCCGACACGCCACUCCGACUGAUGCUAAAGGCACUUCAUAUCCGCGUCCUCCUUUGGGAUUUCGGCCCCACGGGACUGCACAAUGCUAUUGCUGCGAAGUUGGCGAGGUCUCGGUGGAGUGAGGCAAAGCGACAGCUUGAUCGAAUUCGGCAAGAGUCCAGUGAAGAUGACUUGCCCGAGCACCUUGCUGCCCUUCUUGACCAUGACUGCGGUGAGGUUUUGAAUGAUACCGUCAUUCAAUGUGCGUAUAACCUGGCCUGGAACCUCUCGACUACCGAGAACAUGGCCGGAAUCGCGGACGGCAUGGACGCUGUGGUUGACGAUGCUGCCGUGCGGUCUCCCAUGGAUGCCGUCGCGGCUUGGUGGUCCUGCCAAAACGUCCAACGUGCACUGUCGGCCCGCCUGGUCGCCGAGGAGUAUGAUGCCGCCGCGCAGGAAACGGUUCAAGGGCUCAUUCGAGAUGCCGUCCGCUCCGCCCCCGUGGGUUCUUCUGCCCAAGGCCGUGCUCUCGUUGCUCGUGCCAUUCUCCUCGACGACAAACAAGAUGAAAGGAAUGGGUCGGACAAAAUUUCCGACGAGGAAAGCGUCAGCCCCCCUUCUGGCAGCCCGCAACAACGGGUCAAUGACGCGGCAUGGUCGCUCCUCGACGCGUACUCUCACACCAAGACGGCCCCCGAUUUUCAGGUCGCCCUCCGCUGCUCUACGGUCAUUUCCAAGAUGCAACACCCCGAGAAAGCCACAUCCCCUCGAGAGAUGGUCCAGCUGGUCGAAGAGAUUGUUCAGCCUUCGCUGAUGGCUGACAUGUCUCUCCUCGGAUGCACCGCUCUCUUUAGGUUGAUGGACGAGCUCUAUAAUCAGCCCAGCGCGUUUGAGGGUUUCGGCACGACGCUUGAAAGUCUGGCGGGUAGUCUCCGAAUCUGGAUAGGCAGCACGCCGGGCGAACAGAGCGGGCUGGACGAGGUGGUGCGGCAUAAGAUGGUCGACCGAUGCCUAGGCAUUACAAAAUCCCUUGUUGGUAUGGAAGCGGACACGGGAUAUGGCAGCAUGAGCGAGUGUGAGGACGAUGAUGGCUGUUAA